AUGAGGACGGACGAGUUCAUUCAGUGUCAGAACACGCUCUCCUACAAUGAGUCUGGUAGUGAAUGUGAGAAAUCAUUUAGUAAGGAUUUAUACCUUACAAAACCUGAGAGGAAAUAUCCAGAGAAGCCUGAUGAGUAUAAGCAAUAUGCAAAAUCUAUCUCUAAGACGUCAAAACUAAGUUCUGACCAACGUCAAACAACACCAGAAGAGAAACCCUAUGAAUAUGAAGAAUGUAGGGAAUUUUCCACUCAAAAGUCAGGUCUCAGGAGGCAUCACAGAACUGACACAGAACAGAAGUUUGAUGAAUGCAACAAAUGUGGAAAAUCAUUCAGAAUGAAGUCAUACAUCACUUUGCAUCAGAGAAUACACACAGGACAGAAAUCUUAUGUACGUGACAAAUGUGGAAAGUAUUUCAGACAGAAGUCAGACCUUACUGUACAUCAGAGAACUCAUACAGGAGAGAAACCUUAUGAAUGUAACAAACGUAGAAAUUUUUUUACCUGUAAUGCACACCUUCAUCUUCAUCAGAGAACAAACACAGGAGAAAAACUAUUUGAAUGUAACAAAUGUGGAAAGUAUUACAGACAGAAGUCAGACCUUACUGUCCAUCAGAAAACACACACACUUAUGAGUAGAAAACAUACAGGGGAGAAACCUUAUGAAUGUAAUGUGUGUGAAAAGUCUUUCACCUAUAAGUCAUACCUUACUGUUAAUCAGAGAACACACACAGGAGAGAAACCUUAUAAAUGUAACAAAUGUGGAAAGUAUUUCAUACUUAGAUCAUGCCUUACUCUCCAUCAGCGAACACACACAGGAGAAAAACCUUAUGAAUGUAAUGUGUGUGAAAAGUCUUUCACCCAUAAGUCACACCUUACUGUUCAUCAGAGAACACACACAGGAGAGAAACCUUAUAAAUGUAACCAAUAUGGAAAGUAUUUCAGAGUAAAGUCACAGCUUAUUGCUCAUCAGAGAAUACACACAAGAGAGAAACAUUAUGAAUGUACAAAAUGUGGAAAAUAUUUCAGACGUAAGUCACACCUUACUGUCCAUCAGAAAACACACACAGGAGAGAAAUCUUAUGAAUGUAAUGUGUGUGGAAAGUCUUUCACCCAUAAGUCAUACCGUACUGUUCAUCAGAGAACACACACAGGAGAGAAACCUUAUAAAUGUAACAAAUGUGGAAAGUAUUUCAGACUUAGAUCGUACCUUACACUCAAUCAGAGAAUACACACAGGAGAAAAACCUUAUGAAUGUAAUGUGUGUGAAAAGUCUUUCACCCAUAAGUAACACCUUACUGUUCAUCAGAGAACACACACAGGAGAGAAACCUUAUAAAUGUAACCACUGUGGAAAGUAUUUCAGAGUAAAGUCACAACUUACUGCUCAUCAGAGAAUACACACAGGAGAGAAAAAUUAUGAAUCUACAAAAUGUGGAAAAUAUUUCAGACAUAAGUCACACCUUAUUGUUCAUCAGAGAACACACAAAGGAGAGAAACCUUAUGAAUGUAACAAAUGUGGAAAGUAUUUCAGAUUUAAUUCAUAACUUACUCUCCAUCAGAGAACACACACAGGAGAAAAACCUUAUGAAUGUAACAAAUGUGGAAAGUCCUUCAUUUGGAGUUCAUACCUCAGGAAGCAUAAGAGAAUCCACACACAUGAGGAACCUAAGGAAUGUGAUAACUAUGGAAAGUCUCACCUGAAAGAAAAAUAA